GUGGAAGAGGAGGAAGAGAGAGUAGGUUAACGCUGGCUGCUGACCCCAGGAAGGCUUUGGGAAAUGGCCUCUCCGUUCGCUGGGCCCACAGCAGUGGCUGAUGUAAUUAAAGAUCUAGACACGCAGAUAGCUUUGAUCGGUUUGGGUCCCCACAACCCCAAGAAGAAGCAGGACCUUGACAAGCUUUAUGAUCUAAAAGCAAAAGCCCAACAGAUUAUGAACCAGUUUGGCUCAUCUACCUUGAUCAACCUUUCCAAUUUCUCCUCCAUAAAGCCUGAACCUGCCAGCACUCCCCCUCAGAGCUCCAUGGCAAACAGCACCGCCGUGGCAAAGAUGCCCGGCACGCCCAGCGGAGGAGGGCGGCUCAGUCCUGAAAGCAACCAGGUUUUAACCAAGAAGAAAUUGCAGGACCUGGUGCGUGAGGUGGAUCCAAAUGAACAGCUAGAUGAAGACGUGGAGGAAAUGCUGUUGCAGAUCGCCGAUGAUUUCAUAGAGAGCGUGGUGACAGCUGCCUGCCAGCUCGCACGGCACCGCAAGUCAAACACCCUGGAAGUGAAAGAUGUCCAGUUGCACCUUGAGCGUCAGUGGAACAUGUGGAUCCCGGGCUUUGGUUCUGAAGAAAUCAGGCCCUACAAAAAAGCCUGCACUACAGAAGCUCACAAACAGAGAAUGGCACUGAUUCGCAAAACCACCAAGAAAUAACCCCUGGGAAGAGCUCGAGGUGACACCGGUGCAUUUUGAGAUCUCUGCCUCUCACUGCAACCUCUGCGAUGCCAUCCAUGGGAUAUUUUUGUUAAUGCUUUACAGAGAAGCAUAUAUUUUUUACUAAUGGUGCAGCAAUAUCUGACUUUAUGAGGAGAUCUGCCAAAAACAUUCUGUCCUCGUUCCCCCAUAAGAGUGCAGCGUAUCUCAAAGCAAAGACUUUUAUUUGUGACUUGAAAGUGGUUUAUCGUAUAAGUGAUUAUCCGAGGGACAGAGCAUUUGAUCGUGUGUGUGGGACAGUAUUAGAAGCAUCUGUAGAGGUUUUUGUUUCCUCCUUCUGCCCUUCUCCGCUCCAGUACUUUGUAAUGUCAGUGUUUAUAUAAAUACUUGCGUUUGUUUUACAUGAAUAAAGAAAUUAUUAAUCUAAAA